UUUCCGGUCGGACACGUUUGAGCGUCGCGCAGUCGCAGAUCGCAUGUGCGGACCGAGUCUUCACUGGCAGGUGUGUGUGUGCAGGUGUGUGUUGAGGAUGGAGUCGGCUGUGGAGCAGCAGAGAGGCACAGCGCUCAUUAAAGAGCAGUUCCUCACCACUAAAGACAAGUUCCAUGAGUUUCUGGCGUCGGGCCGGCCGCGUCCGAGCAGAGAUGAAGCAGACGGAGACUCGGAGGAACCCUCGGGAGAACCAGAGAAGAAGAGAGUCAAGCUGGACAGAGAUGAAGACGAGAAGAAGAAGAAGAAGAAGAUGAGAGGACAGAAUAAAUCCAGACCUCACAUCAAACCUCAGAGCUAUGAAGAGAGACGGCUGUGUCCCUCCAUCGUCCAGGAGCGAGACACUAAGUGCUUCUACGGAGAUAAAUGCCGCUUCCUGCACGAUGUGAGCGAGUACCUGUCCAGUAAAGCGGAGGAUCUGGGCGAUCAGUGUCCCCUGUUCAACAGCUUCGGAUGGUGUCAGUACGGAGUCACCUGCAGGUUCUCUAAAGCUCACACCAGCCCCGAGCUGAAGAACCUGAGGAACCAGGAUGUGUGCGGACGCUCCACAGACACCGUCACCAACCUCCUGGACAAAGAUCUGCAGAGACGCCUGCGGAAGAAGCAGGAGCGCUUCCCCGGAGCCGAGGCGUUCCUGAAGAGCGUCGGCCGCGGAGAGAAACCUGCUGCUCAUGGAGCGGACACAACGGAUGCUGCUGGUGCUCCGGUGAAGACGCUGGGGCCGAUCACAGACGCUGACAUCAUCAAGCUGCGCCCGUCUGAAAAGAAACAGGUGGACUUCAGAGACAAGCUGUAUCUGGCUCCUCUCACUACGUGUGGGAAUCUGCCGUUCAGGCGCGUGUGCAAGCGCUUCGGAGCAGACAUCACGUGUGGAGAGAUGGCCAUGUGCACGAACCUGCUGCAGGGUCAGACGUCUGAAUGGGCUCUGCUCAAGAGACACGCUUCUGAAGAUCUGUUCGGCGUUCAGUUGGAAGGCUGUUUUCCGGACACGAUGACCCGAUGUGCCGAGCUGCUCAAUCAGUACGUCGAUGUGGAUUUUGUGGAUAUAAACUCGGGCUGCCCCAUCGACCUCGUUUACAAGAAGGGCGGAGGAUGUGGCCUCAUGACACGAACCAGCAAGUUUGAGCAGAUCGUGAGGGGAAUGACCUCUGUGCUGGACGUUCCUCUCACGGUUAAGAUCCGCACCGGAGUCCAGCAGAACUGCAACAUCGCACACAAGCUGAUCCCCGAGAUGAAGAAGUGGGGCGUGUCACUCGUCACGUUACACGGCAGAUCACGCGAACAGCGUUACACGAAGUCGGCUGACUGGGAAUACAUCGACACCUGCUCAAAACUGGCCGCUCCUGUACCAUUGUUCGGUAACGGAGAUAUCCUGUCGUAUGAAGACGCCAUGAAGGCCAGAGAGACUGGAGUGUCUGGGAUCAUGGUGGCCAGGGGUGCGCUGAUCAAGCCGUGGCUCUUCACUGAGAUCAAGGAGAACAGACACUGGGACAUUUCCUCCGGAGAGCGUCUGGACAUCCUGCGAGACUUCACCAACUACGGCCUCGAGCACUGGGGCUCCGACACGCAGGGCGUCGAGAAGACACGCAACUUCCUGUUGGAGUGGCUCUCCUUCCUGUGCAGGUAUAUUCCUGUGGGUCUGUUGGAGCGCGUCCCGCAGAAGAUCAACGAGCGUCCGCCGUUCUACAUGGGCCGAGAUUACAUGGAGUCUCUGAUGGCCAGCCAACACGUGGACGACUGGAUCCACAUCAGUGAGAUGCUGUUGGGUCCCGUACCUAAAAACUUCAGUUUUCUGCCCAAACACAAAGCAAACGCUUAUUAAUGACUUCCAGCUGCAGUUAAAGUCUAUGGUUAUUGAACAGAAUGCUUUUUAUUUUCAUUAUACAUCUAGUUUAUGGA